AUGACUCUUGACUCCUCCCCCGCCGACCAGUCUCGGCCCCUACUCGGGGAGAGACAGUCAGAUAGCACCGCUAAUGCGGACCAUCGCCACCCGAUUCCUCCGAGGCCUUCAGUCACAAUCCUAGUCACGGGUCUCGUCUUUGUCCUGACAGCAGGCAUCGCGCUUCCGGCGCUGCCGAUCUUACGCAUUUUGGAGGACCUGAUUUGUCGCAAGUACUUGGGUAUCUCGGACGGCGCGAUCGACGAGCAGCAAUGCAAAGGGUCGGACAUCCAGUCGAAGCUGUCUUACGUGAUGGCGAUUCAGUCGAUGCUUGAGGCUCUUCCAGGUCUAUUUUUAGCCUUGCCAUACGGUAUCCUUGCCGAUCGAAUAGGGCGCCGACCAGUUCUUGGCCUAUCAGUUUUUGGAAUGUCUCUUGCCUUAGCCUGGAUGUUGCUGAUCCUUCGCUCCCCUCAGCUGUUUCCGGAUGUUCGGCUCAUAUGGACUUCCACAGCAUUCCACGCCAUCGGAGGUGGCCUCAAUGUCCUGAUGGCUAUGAUAUACUCGAUGAUAGCUGAUACUGAGGCCUCAGAAAAACUCGCCGGUAGUUUCUUUAUGAGUAUAGUUGCGAGCCUUAUCGCCGAGUUGCUUUCCAUCGCUGUGGCAUCGAGGCUCAUGAGGACCUCACCAUGGAUUCCAUGUGUGAUGGGUCUGGGCUUGUUCAUCGCUGGCGGCAUUUGUGUCACGUUCCUUCCCGAAACCCUCAAACAGGCAACAGGCCCGGAGAGUGCCAUUUCUAAGUCGGAUGGGGACAUCUCCAUUACAUCUUUCCUCAAGUCCCGACUGUCUCAGUCCACCCGCGAACUUGCCGAGAGCGCUGCAGUCCUCCACUGUUAUCCAGUCGUGGCACUGCUUAUAACGUUUCUGUUAACGGGGUUCGUCGCGAGGGCUUUAUCAUUCGGGGCCCAGUACUUGAGCAAGAGUCUUGGCUGGUCUCUAGCGGACGCCGGCAUGCUCAUGUCCUUGCAGGUGGUCAUGAACAUUGCCCUUUAUGUUGCCAUUUUGCCAGGGUGUUCCAGGCUCCUUCAGUCCCCCAGCAUGCCGUUUAAGCUUGAGCCCGUUACGAGGGACUUUUUCCUUGCCCGGAUGUCAUUUGUCUUUCUCUUCAUCGGCUCGAUCCUACUUGCCUGGCCAUCCUCUAAGACCGUUAUUCUAGGUCUCGUGGUCUUCACUUGUGGGCUGGGGUUCUCAACCCUCUGCCGAGUCGUCAUAACAUCCAUGAUCGAACCUCGUCAAACGGGCAGGCUCUAUACGCUAAUAAGCGUUCUCGAUUCGGGAAGCAGACUUGCCGCCGGCCCAGUACUGGCUUGGCUCUUUAAGACGGGACUAGACUUGGGUGACGCUUGGGUGGGCUUGCCAUAUCUUGGUGUUGCGUUCCUCUGUUUUCUGGCUAUGGGCCUGGCCUUUUCUGUCCAGCACAGCGAUCUCCUUACACACAGGCACAACGAUGCGACCCAAAUUCUCGACUCUCCUGAAGAUACAGCAUAA